ACACACAGAAAGCACACAUAAUCGCAAUGUUAGACGAUCUAGUGAAUUUUUUGAACAAGUCCCCACCGGAUCCUGUGCGUCUGCCCCUCCUGGGCGGCCACAAGCCCGUCCUGAUGAUACUGGCCGCCUACCUGCUCUUUGUGAAGGUGGUGGGACCCAAGAUCAUGAAGAAGCGAAGGCCCUUCGAUCUGAGGGGCCCCAUAAAGGUCUACAACAUCAUGCAGAUCCUGUACAAUGUUAUCAUGCUGGUGUUUGCGAUCCACUUCAUGCUCGGACCCGGAGACUUUGACUUUAGGUGUAUUAGCAACCUGCCGCCGGAUCACGCGUACAAGACCUGGGAACGCUGGCUCACCUACUCGUACUUCUUCAACAAGCUGCUGGAUCUGCUGGAGACCGUCUUCUUUGUCCUGCGAAAGAAGGACCGGCAGAUAUCCUUCCUGCACCUCUUCCACCACAUGUACAUGCUGUACUUCUGCUUCAUGUACCUGUACUACUACGGAUACGGCGGCCAUGGCUUCUUCAUGUGCUUCUUCAACGUGAUCGUGCACAUCAUGAUGUACUCCUACUACUACCAGUCCUCCCUCAGAUCGAACUCCCGGGGAGAUCUCUGGUGGAAGAAGUACAUCACCAUCGUUCAGCUAGUCCAGUUCGGAAUCAUCCUGGGGCACAGCUUAUUUACUCUGCUACAGCCGGACUGCCCCUCCGCCCGGUUUUCAGCCUAUUGUGCCGGAACGAUCUCCAUUGUCUUUAUUAUUCUAUUUAGCAACUUCUACUACCACGCCUACAUGAAGCCCAAGAGGCCCGUGAAAAAGGCGAUUUAAAUAAAAGCAUACAGCGAAGCAUUUAUACCUCUGUAAAGAUUACAAUUAUAGUUUAAGACCCUAAUAAAGAAGUAAGAAUCUGCUUAGCAA